AUUGAAAAUUCACGUAGCAAAAAUCAAAGAUGUGAACAGAAGCAGUGCCGUGCCUGAAAUCCCAAAAACCCAUCUGAUCCCAAAGCCUCUCUUCAUCCGCUCAACCAUUCAAAACCUUCGCUUUGAUUCUCAGACUUCCACUUUGAAUUCCCACAAUCCCUGUUUUUUCUUUUAUCUUUGUUUAUAUUUGUUUUCCUUUGAACUUCGCCCAUUGCCGCCGUCCUCACCUCUCUGGCCUCCGUUGAAGACGAAACUCGCAAACCCAAUUCACGGUUUUGAAUCUGGACACCUUUUGCCGCGUCCACAGAAUCACUGUCACCCCAAGAGGAAUAAAGUGCAACGGUUAUGGAGGGAGGGUACCGUGGGACUAAUGACUCUGAACUCAGACGAAGUGUAUCAAAUGAUCGAACAAGCAGUGCCACGUCUUCAUUAAGGAGGCGUUCUUUUAGUUUAUCAGGUGCUCAGCCUUCCCAAAUAGAUGAUGACAUUGAAAGUGAGCGUGUUUCAGAGGCAGGAGAUAUAGGGGAUCGGGCUCUUCACAGCAACAGGCACAGUGAGAGUGGCAGCAUCCGCUUGUUGCCUUCAGAGGAUAUUCAACUGCAAUCCUAUGGGUUCUGGGGUCGUGAUCCGGUUACAUCCACUGCAAUAUCCCCUGUCUCACCCUUGCCAGAGGAAAUCAUAUCUCCUCUUUCCACUGAUGCAGUCGUAUGCCAUGAGGACAAAAAGCAAGAAACCACAACAAAGUUGCCAAAAUUGUUGGAGUAUGGUUCAUGUAUGACUCAUUUAGCCGUUUUUGGCAUUCUUGGGGUGUUAACGAGAUAUCUGCUGCAAAAGUUGUUUGGCCCCGGAGUUGUUGGUGUAACAAGCAACCAAACCAUUCUCUACCUCGACCUUCCUUCUAAUAUGGUUGGUUCUUUCUUGAUGGGGUGGUUUGGUGUUGUUUUCAAAGGAGAUAUUUCAUAUGUGUCAGAUCAUUUGGCCAUUGGAUUAUCAACCGGUUACUUGGGAAGCCUUACAACUUUCAGUGGGUGGAACCAGAAAAUGCUUGAACUCAGUGUUGAAGGCCAUUGGGUUUUUGUUCUGCUGGGUUUCUUAAUAGGUCUGUUUCUUGCGGCCUACUCCAUCAUUGUUGGGGUAGAGACAGCUAAGGGUUUUAGGCAGCUUCUUGAAAGGAGUUCAGGAUGUGGUAUAACUAGCUCUGGCACAAGCUGGAGGGUUGACAGCCACAAGCGUCACUUGGUAGUUUUAGCUGUGUUUUCGCUGAUGCUAGUUUCUCUAUGGAGUGUAAGUGGAGUAUUGCUAAGGGAGGAGUUUAGCAGUGACAGCAGUGAGGCGCAACUAUGGUUGGCUUGCAUAGUUGGACCUCUAGGUGUGUGGAUCAGGUGGUUCUUAGCCAGGCUCAAUGGACGUGGAUUAGGCAGGAUGGGGUUGUUGAAAUGGUUUCCAUUUGGUACUCUAAUUGCCAAUGUUUCUGCAGCUUGUGUCAUGGCAGCUCUGUCUACUGUGAAGAAAGAGGUGGAUACUAAGACGUGUGAUAUUGUUGCAACAGGCAUACAAUUUGGAUUGCUGGGCUGCCUGAGUACCGUUUCUACCUUCAUUGCUGAGUUCAAUGCAAUGAGAGAAAGCAAAUACCCCUGGAGAGCAUACACAUAUGCCAUGGUUACGAUAUGUACCUCGUUUGGUUUGGGGACCCUGAUAUAUUCUGUACCUGUUUGGACAAAGGGAUACAAGUAGCAUGCUCGGGACAGCCUUUUGAUGCUUCGUCUUCUGCAAUGCAACGCCUCCUCAUGUUGGCUUCACACAAUGUUCGAUCAAUCUGAGCAUUGAGCGCGUCAAGGGUCUUGCGGAAGGCCUUUUGUUGCUGCUUCUUUUGAUGGGCUGCCUGAGUACCGUUUCCACUUUCAUUGCCGAGUUCAAUGUAGUUUAGAUUAGAUCAAAGUAGAAUAUCGCUUGUAUAAAAAAUUUAAAAAACCACAAAAUUAGAGCCUAUUUAGUAUCCUACUUGAAUCCAAUUUUAUAAACUCAAAAAUAGAUUUAGCCCAAAA